AUGGCCGCACAAAUAUCCACUGGCACCGCGGAAUUGCGGGAAAUCACGAAGAUGGAGCGCAUAGGUGCGCAUUCGCACAUUCGCGGCCUCGGGCUGGAUGACCGGCUUGAACCUCGAGACAACUCCCAGGGGCUUGUUGGGCAAGCCAAGGCGCGUAAAGCGGCAGGUAUGAUUUUGAAGAUGGUUCAGGAAGGCCAGAUCGCGGGGCGCGCCAUGCUCUUUGCUGGACCGCCUUCUACUGGAAAAACCGCCAUUGCGCUAGGCAUGGCGCAGACUCUCGGCACAGACGUCCCCUUCACCAUGAUCGCGGCGAGCGAGGUGUUUUCGUUGUCCAUGUCCAAGACCGAAGCUCUCACUCAAGCAUUUCGACGAAGCAUCGGUGUGCGUAUAAAAGAGGAGACGGAGAUCAUUGAAGGAGAGGUGGUCGAGAUUCAAAUUGACCGGAGUCUGACCGGGGCCACGAAGACGGGAAAACUUACCAUCAAAACAACCGACAUGGAGACCAUCUACGACCUGGGGAACAAGAUGAUCGACGCCUUGUCCAAAGAGAAGGUCACGGCAGGCGACGUCAUUGCAAUAGACAAGACCUCUGGAAAAGUCACCAAGCUCGGCCGUUCCUUCGCACGUUCAAGAGAUUACGACGCUAUGGGAGCAGACACCAAAUUCGUACAAUGCCCGGAAGGCGAGAUCCAAAAGCGCAAGGAAGUAGUACACACGGUGUCAUUGCAUGAGAUCGAUGUUAUCAACAGCAGGACGCAAGGGUUCCUCGCCCUCUUUGCGGGGGAUACCGGCGAGAUCAAACCCGAACUCCGCAACCAGAUCAAUUCCAAGGUGGCUGAGUGGCGAGAAGAGGGCAAGGCUGAGAUUAUCACGGGCGUACUCUUUAUCGACGAGGUGCACAUGCUCGACAUCGAGUGUUUCUCAUUCUUGAAUAGGGCGCUCGAGAACGAGCUCGCUCCUCUCGUCAUCAUGGCAUCGAAUCGCGGUGUCGCGAAGAUUCGUGGGACGAACCUCCAAAGCCCUCAUGGUCUGCCUCCGGACUUGCUCGACCGCGUGCUCAUUGUGAGCACUCAGCCAUAUGCACAGAGGAUAUCACGCAAAUCAUCAAGAUCCGGUAUGUUUGUGAACGAAGACGUAACGCUGAGCGAGAAUGCGCUGGAAUCCUCACACGGCUGGCGGGACACAACAUUGCGUUACUCGGAAACAGUGGAAGAUGUCGACAUUAGACGGGCGUACAAUUACUUCUACGACGAGAAGCGUAGUCUGCAGUGGAUGAAAGAGCAGGAUAGCGGCUUGUGUCUGAAGAGGGCGUCGACUUGA